AUGGCUGCCCGCCGCGAAGAUGUCGAAGAUAUCCACGAUGAGGGCAACGACAUGCUCGAUGCCGAGGAGGUCGGCGAGGAGGUCCCCUCGGGUGACGAGGGCGACGUCGCGAUGGAUUCCGACAACGAAGAGAUCCAACUGCAGAACGAUUCGAUUGCCUACUUUGACGAGCACGCUGAUUCGGUCUUCGCUAUUGCGCAACACCCCAUCCACCCUUCGCUGAUUGUCACCGGUGGCUCCGAAGGUGACGCCGAUGAUGCGCCAGGCAAGGGCUAUGUCGUCGACACGAGCGCCGCCGCUGAGCGCCCCGUUCUCCCCGCCAGCUACAGCGGCGCGCAGCCUCGCGAGAGCACGCAGCUCGACGCCAUCUUUGCCGUCGAGGGCCAUACCGACUCUAUCAACACCCUCGCCUUUACGCUCCCCAACGGCGACUUCCUCGUCAGCGGCGGCCUCGAUGGCCGGCUGCGGGCCUACACAGCGACCGUCGCCCCGCCCAACGCGACGUUCAAGUUCCUCGCCGAAGCCCAGGAGGUGCCCGAGAUCAACUGGAUCGCCCCCUGUCCAUCCUCCGACUAUCCCAACACCAUCGCCCUCGGCGCGUCGGACAACUCGGUCUGGGUGUACACAAUCGAUCCCGCCUCGGACGCACAGAACCCGCUGCAGCUCGUCAACACCUUUUGGCUGCACACGGCACCCUGCACGGCCGGCGCCUGGACACCCGACGGCAGCCUCCUCGCCACGGUCGCCGAAGACUCGUCUCUCUACGUCUGGGACGUGUGGGGCCUCGCGGCGUCCAAGGGCGUCGUCGAAGCCAACGGCCAGACGGUCGUGUCGCUGACGGGCGCCGACUCGCGCUUCGAGGUCGAGGGCGGCCUGUACUCGAUCGCCGUCGAGCCCAACGGCGCGUACCUCGCCGUCGGCGGCGCGGGCGGGCAGAUCCGCAUCGUCUCGCUGCCGCGCCUCGCGGCUGCGGCCCAGGGCCACGCGGGCGCCGGCAAGGGCAAGAGCGCCAAGGGCGCGGCGUCGCAGGACGUGACGUCGGGCGGGCAGAUCCUCGCGGGCCUCCAGACGCAGGCCGACAGCAUCGAGACGCUCUCCUUCACGCAGCCGACGGGCGGCCAGCCCGGCCAGCAGACGACGCUGCUCGCGGCCGGCAGCGUCGACGGCAGCAUCGUCGUCUUUGACGCGACGCGGCGAUUCGCCGUCCGCAAGAACCUCGUCGGCGCCCACGAGGACUUUAGCGUCGUCAAGGUCGAGUUCGUCAAGGGCACGUGGCUGCUGACGAGCUGCGGCAUGGACGGCGUCGUGCGGCGGUGGGACCUGCGCGGCGGCGCGGCCAACCCCGGCGCCGCGGGCGCCGCCAACAGCGGCCUCGUCAAGGAGUGGAAGGGUCACCUUGGCGACGGCGAGGGCGGUGGCGUCCUCGGCUUCGUGCAGGGCGCGACGGGCGAGCGGGUCAUUACGGCGGGCGAUGAUGGUGUUGUGCUGGUUUUCGAGGCGUGA